AUGUUUUGCUAUCAACUCCCCCGAUUUCUUAGACAACGUUCAAGAAAAGUGGAUUUCAGAAGUCUUGCCCUUUUACUUGGCUUAACUAUCGUCUUGGUAGGAUGUAAGAAGGAUCUUAGGAAUGACCCGAAAACUAUCGAUGAGUUGCGAAGAACAAGUCAAAGGCCCGUAACAUCUGACGAGGGAAUGGCCGUCGCCCAAAAAAUUGGUGCACAAUGUUACCUCGAAUGUAGUGCUAAGUCCGGUCACGGAGUCCGAGAAGUUUUUGAGCACGCGACUUGGUACGCACUGCUUGCCAAGAAAGGUGGCGGUCGACGCACUCGUGGCAAAGUUUGCAACAUCCUUUAA